AUGGCAUUGAGCCAUUCUAUUAAAGAACGAACAAUUGCAGAGAACAGCCUCAUCAUCCUUCUCCAGGGGAUACAUAACCACGUUACCACUGUGGAGCUUAAAGACGAGAGCUCAGUGAGGGGACGCUUUGUGAAUGUUGAUGCAUUCAUGAACAUCCGGCUAGCUGAAGUUAUAUACACUGACAGACAGGGCAGAGUGUCAAACCUGGAUGACUUCUUUGUGACUGGCAGAAAUGUACGUUACGUUCACAUCCCAGAUGAGAUUGAUAUAAUUGAGACUGUCCAGAACCAACUGCAGAAAAUCCACCGAGUGCGUAACUUUGGAGGAAAAGAUCGAGGGAGGAGAGAAUUUCCAUCAAGAAAGUAGCAAUGUGCUGAUCCUGAGAUGUGCUAUCAAAACUUGGUGAUGCAUAUGGGGGAAAUAAAGGACAAGAUCAGAACUCAGUGAUGUUGGGGUUUGUAUCAGGACAGUGCAGUCUUUAGGAUUUCUGAGGACUGGAUGGUGUUUGGGUGGGGGUUAUAAGGACUGUGUGCUGUUUGAGAGACUGAUCAUCAGGACUAAGUGGUGUGUGCAGGGCUAAAUACCAUGGCUGUAUGGUGUUUGGGGCUGUGUGUGUAAAUAUUAUGACUGUGCAUUGUUUGCAAAGGCUGGUGUGUUGGCUGUCUGAACUUGAUGU